AUCUUGGAGGAGUAGAUUUUUAAAUUUAUGGAUGGAAUUAUCUUGAAAGUAUUGGUCCCCUUUUAAAUUACAUUCAUUACAAACUCACUGUUCAUUAAAAUUACCCUUAACGAAAUCAUGAACUCAAAAUGUACUACUUCUAUUCUAAAAAAAUUAAGAGAAAUAAUGAAAAAUACUUCCUAUGUAUCGCAAUCACUGCAAGCAUAUAUAAUACCAUCUUGCGAUGCACAUCAAAGUGAAUAUAUUGCUGCUUGUGAUAAACGAAGAGAAUAUGUAUCUGGAUUUUCUGGAUCUGCAGGCACUGCUGUAGUCACUCAAGAUUAUGCUGCAUUAUGGACUGAUGGAAGGUAUUAUUUGCAAGCUAAACAGCAAUUAGAUUCCAACUGGACAUUAAUGAAAGAUGGGAUGCCUGACACUCCAAGUGAAGGUGAAUGGCUAAGCACUGUAUUGCCUGUAGGAAGUGCAGUUGGUUUUGACUCCUUUUUACUGACUUAUGACUCUUGGAAGACUUUGCGGCAGAAGUUAAAAAUUGGAGGCCAUACUCUGGUGCCUGUAAAAGAUAAUCUUGUUGAUUAUAUCUGGGAAGAAAGACCAAGUCCCCCGCUGAACAGCGUGGAAUAUCUUCCCAUUGAAUACACUGGCAAAACAUUUCAAGAUAAAAUUGCUGAGAUUCGACAAGAAAUGACUAAAAACAAUGCUUCAGUGCUCAUUGUUACAGCUUUGGAUGAAGUUGCUUGGAUUUUUAAUCUUCGGGGAAGUGAUAUUGAGUACAAUCCAGUCUUUUUUGCAUAUGCCAUUAUAACUCUCACAACAGUCCAUUUAUUCGUUGAUGAAAAGAAACUUACACCUGUGGCAACAAGGGAAAUUCAGCAUGACUCUUUAAAUGUACAAAUCCAUCCAUAUGAAGCACUCUUUGAAACAAUUGGUUUUCUAUUAGCGGAAAAUUUAGAAGGCAGUGUGUGGGUGAAUGGCCUAUCAAGUUAUGGUGUGGUUUCUCUUAUUCCUGAAGAACGACUUCUUUUGAAAUGUAGUCCUGUUGCUGUGAAAAAAGCAAUUAAAAAUCAACAAGAAAUAGAAGGUGCUCGUAAUGCUCAUAUAAAAGAUGCUGUAGCUUUAUGUGAAUUUUUUUACUGGCUGUCUCAUCAAGUUCCAGAUGGAAAUAUCACUGAGAUAACUGCUGCUGAAAAACUUGAUGAGUUAAGAAAGUCCCAGACUGAUUUUGUUGGACCCAGUUUUUCAACUAUCUCUGCUUCUGGCCCAAAUGGUGCUAUCAUUCAUUAUUGCCCAGCUCCAGAAACAAAUAGAAAUUUAUCUACUGAAGAAUUGUACCUUUGUGAUUCUGGAGGUCAGUACAGGGAUGGUACAACUGAUGUAACAAGAACUUGGCAUUUUGGAGCUCCAUCAUCAUUUGAAAUGGAAUGCUACACUUUAGUGCUGAAGGGUCAUAUUGCUCUUCAAUCUGCUGUUUUUCCUACUCUGAUAAAAGGCGAAUCACUUGAUGCUUUUGCUCGCAAAUCUCUUUGGGAAUCAGGACUAGAUUACUUGCAUGGAACUGGUCAUGGAGUAGGUGCUUACCUGAAUGUUCAUGAAGGCCCAAUAGGAAUCAGCUUUCGCCAUCGAGCAGAUGAUCCAGGUCUUCAACCUGGAAUGAUUCUGUCUAUAGAACCUGGAUAUUAUGAAAAUGAACAGUUUGGCAUUCGAUUAGAAAAUCUAUCAGUUGUAAAGAAAAAAGAUACACCUUACAACUUUCAAAACAAAGGUUUUUUGACUUUUGAGAGUUUGACUCUUUUCCCUUUCCAAACAAAGUUAAUAAAUCCUUCAAUGUUGACCAGUUCAGAAAUAAAAUGGCUAAAUGAAUAUCAUACCGCAUGCAGAGAUGUUGUUGGUAAAGCUUUAGAAGAACAAGGAAAGUCAGAAGUACUACAGUGGCUUUUAAAAGAAACUUUACCAUUAGGAUAAUUUUAGAACAUUUUUGUAACUUUGAUUUAAAUUUACUUAAUUUAUUUACAUUUUGUACUGAUUAGAAAAAAUAAAAU